ACUUCCGGGUCUUGCGGACAAUUCAAAGAGUGGCGGGAGCAGUAGCAGGCAGUUCAUUUGAGAGCUCUAAUGGGUUGAUGGCUCUAAGAAGGUUAUCCCUGUCUCGCCUCUCCACGGAGAGUGAUUCUGAGGACCUGCCCACAUUUGCCUUUUUGAAGAAGGAACCAUCUUCAACCAACAGGAAGCCACCUCAGAGGGCGAAGAACAUAGUGGUUGUCACCUCAGAUUCUGAAGCCUCCUGUCCUCCAUCACCAGGCCUCAAAGGUCCACCAUGUGUCCCCAGUGCAGCUGGAGCUCCCCCACAAGCAGGGCCAGUCAGAGUGCUAAGCAGUAGCAGUGAGGACGAAGAUGUAUUUGUCCCCCUAGCUGAGAGGAUCACAUGUAAGCUUUUGACGAGCAAGCAGCUGUGCCCUGAGCUCUCUAGCUCCUCACUUAAAACAGGUUUGGAUGGCCAAAAUAAUGCCAGCGCACCAUGUGACUGGAAAAGGCAACCAUGGCCAAAGAUUCCCGAUGUUCCCCUCCACGGUGCCUUAGAGAAGAGUGCUGCAAAUGAUGAGGACUCUCUCUUAGACGAUCAGUGUCGUCAGCUUCCAACCUACCAGGCUACCUGCAGGGAGCUGGCAGUCUCCAAAACAAAUUCCGACCGACCUCUACCCAAGAAGAGAACCAAGCAUAUUCAGACGGUCCAGAGCGGAGGCUCUCAGGGAUGCUGGCGACCGGGACAGGCAAGCAGGAAGGAAAACACCCCGAGGCAGCAUGAAAGAAAAAAGAAGGCAGAGAUGAUCAAGAGGCUCAAAGCCCAGAGGCCAGAGGAAUGCCUGAAGCACAUCGUGGUGGUGCUGGAUCCAGUGCUUUUACAGAUGGAAGGUGGGGGCCAGCUCCUGGGAGCGCUGCAGGCCAUGGAGUGCAGCUGUGUGAUUGAAGUCCAGGCCAUACCUCGAAGCAUCACUUGGAGGAGGAGGAGGACAGAGCUGGUAGAGUUGCCUGUUGCAGAGAGAGGAGCAACUGGUAGCAUCCCUUUCCCCUGCCUGAAUGAGGAUGGAGAUGACUGGAUGGAAGAGCCAACAAUCCUGGUGUUGGUCCUGGCAGAGGUCUUCAUGUCCAUGGCCUACAACUUAAAGCAGGCAAGUCCUAGCAGCACCGAGAAAGGGAAGGAGACCCUUCGGAGCUUUGUAACUGAUGUCACAGCAAAGACGGGGAAAGCAUUGUCACUGGUGAUUGUGGACCAGGAGAAAUGCUUCAGGCCUCAGAAUCCCCCGAGGAGAAGGAAAUCAGGAAUGGCAAAUAAACAGGCCAAAGCGAAGCAUCAGCAGAGGCAAGAGUCUAGCACGGGACUCAUGGUGUCCAGGGCAGACAUGGAGAAGGCACUGGUGGAUCUGCAGCUUUAUACAGAAGCCCAGGCGUGGAUGGUGCAGAGCUGGAAGGAGCUGGCGGACUUCACCUGUGCAUUUACAAAGGCUGUGGCUGAAGCACCCUUCAAGAAGCUCCGGGAUCAAGUCACCUUUUCCUUCUUCCUGGAGAAAGACUGGGCUGGAGGGAUGAAAGUGGACCAGUCCGGCAGGGGACUGGCACUGAUCUGGAGGCGGCAGAUCCAGCAGCUGAACCGAGUCAGCUCGGAGAUGGCCAGUGCUAUUGUGGACGCCUAUCCCUCACCACAGCUCCUGGUGCAGGCUUAUCAGCGGUGUUUCUCUGAGCAAGAACGUCAGAAUUUGCUGGCUGACAUACAAGUGCGACGUGGGGAAGGUGUGACAGCCACCUCCCGCCGUGUUGGGCCAGAAUUAUCCAGGCGGAUCUACCUUCAAAUGACCACAGCGCAACCAGAUCUCAUCUUAGACAGUGUUGACUGAUAUCCCACCUUGGCUAUUGACAGUAGACAGGCCAGAAGUACCUCCUUGGUACAGUUAGGGAGCAAGUCUCUCAUCUCUGGGAACAGAGAAGGCUGAGUCACUUGAAUCUACCUCCACCAUAGCACUCAUGUUCCUCUCCCGGCAAGCGAGAUGCCAUGGACAGCCAUCCCACCCCAUCCCAGUUGACCCUCACAGCACAAAGGAGAAAGGCAGACCACUCAGACAUGGAUUUAAUAAUUGUAGAAAUCCAAGAAAUAAGCAUCAAAUCUCGAAGUCAGAGUGAACUCUUGCCUGCGGGUUGGCUUGACUACGCCCAGCCACUGAGCUGCCUCAACCAGCUAGGGAGCUAUGAUGAGGCUGACUCCUGUUUUCAUGAUGUCACCAUAUGUAUGUAGUAUGUAUUUUGUCUCAAUAAAGCCUUUGUACCAAUGGC